AUGGAUCCUUGCUCAGAAAGCUCUAGCAACAGUCUCCAAGAUUCCGGUAGCGUCUCCACUGUUGCAUCUGGCUCCUCCUCCUCGCCUCCAGCAGUGGCCACCACCCCUAGCCGCUACGAGAACCAGAAACGCCGGGACUGGAACAUCUUCUGCGAGUACCUGAAAAACCUGCAUCCACCACUCUCUGUUUCACAAUGCAGUAGUGCAAAUGUGCUUGGAUUCCUUUCUUACCUUGACCAGUUUGGAAAGACUAAGGUUCAUAACCUGACAUGUCCGUUUUAUGGGCAUCCGACAUCGCCAGACCCUUGUUCUUGUCCACUGCGACAAGCUUGGGGUAGUGUGGAUUCUUUGAUUGGCCGUCUUAGGGCGGCUUAUGAGGAGAACGGUGGUUCAUAUAAGACGAACCCUUUUGGGGCUGGAGCCGUGAGGCUUUACCUUCGAGAGGUUCGUGAUUCACAAUCAAAAGCAAGAGGGAUCAGCUACGAGAAGAAGAAACGAAAACGGUUGCCUCCACAAGCAAUACAAUGUGCUUCAUCAUCAGUAAAAGUCAAUACCAGUUCCGACAUUAAUGGUUUUCAUUCCAAAGCCUCCUCAGAGCUCAAAUCCUUGCUGGAAUCCUAUGCAAAAUUUCUACAACUCCCAUUCCACGAUGCAGUGGAGCUUGUUACCAGUGUUGCAUCCGGUCAAAAACCGUUGGAGGUUUUUUCUCCAAAUCUGAUUGACUGGAUGAACUUUGCUGUGUGUUUAAAUGCCUGGAAUCUGAAUUCCAACGGAAUCACAAUUCCGCUGAAUUGGGAACUUUUAUGUUCAUUACUGCAACAAUCUGUUUCAUCAUAG